AUGCAAAAACUAGGCAGCAAAAUGGAGCAUUUGUUCUACUUCAGCCUGCUGCUUGUGGCAUGCCUUCUUCCAUUGCAAGAAGCAUAUGCAGCGCGCCAUGGAGGGAUCUCAAUGAGGUCUCAACGCAUGGCUCUCCUCCACUGGAAAGCUACACUUGCGAGGCCACCGCUUCAGAUGAACUCUUGGCAAGAAAACACUAGCCCCUGCAACUGGACGGGCAUCAUGUGCACGGCUGUCCGCCAUGGCCGCCGCACGCCCUGGGUGGUGACAAACAUCUCCCUGCCAGAUGCUGGCAUCCAUGGCCAUCUUGGUGAGCUCAAUUUCUCGGCUCUUCCAUUCCUCGCAUAUAUUGACCUUAUGAACAACAGUCUUCAUGGUGCACUACCUGCUAGUAUCAACACCUUGUCAGCACUUUCGGUGCUUAAUCUUGGCAACAACCAGCUCACAGGGAAAAUUCCUUAUGAGAUUGCUGGCCUGCAAAGUCUCAGGGUGCUUCAACUUACAUCCAAUAGACUCACGGGACAUAUCCCUACGUCUCUGGGUAACUUAACAAUGUUAACUCAUCUUGCCAUUCACCAAAACAUGGUAUCAGGUCCCAUUCCUGAGGAGAUUGGAAGGCUUGUCAACCUACAGAUUCUACAUCUAAGCAACAACGCCUUAAGCUGCAUGAUACCAAAAACCCUUGGAAAUCUGACACAGCUCCGUGGUUUGUCCCUGCAUGGUAAUCAACUUUCAGGGCCUAUACCCCAAGAACUAGGUAGACUAGUCCAUUUGCUAUAUCUUGGGCUUAAUUCAAAUGAUUUUUCAGGUCUAAUUCCAAUAACCGGUUCCAUCCCGCAGGAAAUUGGCAAUCUAGUGAACCUCAAAUAUUUAGGCUUGUAUCAAAACCAAAUUUCCGGAUCAAUACCAAAAACUUUUGGGAAGCUGCAGAGCAUACAAGAAGUGCAAAUCUAUGAUAACAAAUUAUCAGGUUCUCUUCCUCUAGAAUUUGGAAAUCUCAUAAACCUUGUUGAACUUGGGUUGUCUAACAAUUCACUUUCAGGGCCUUUACCGGCAAAUAUAUGUUCAGGUGGCAGACUUCGAUACCUCACUGUCUUUUCCAAUAUGUUCAAUGGGCCCAUUCCAAAGAGUUUGAACAAAUGCCUGCAGAUCAUGUUAGAUGUGAGCAACAAUAACCUUAGUGGUGCGUUGCCGCAGCAACUUGGGAAGUUGGGGAUGCUAGAAUCUCUUAAUUUAUCACAUAAUAAGUUCGCUGGCAGCAUUCCAUCCUCCUUUGCAAGCAUGGUGAGCCUUUCAACACUUGAUGUGUCCUACAAUGUCUUGGAAGGACCAAUCCCAACAACACGACUACUCCAAAAUGCUUCAGCAAGUUGGUUUCUUCCCAAUAAAGGUCUGUGUGGUAAUCUCUUUGGCCUGCCACCUUGUUAUUCAAGCCCAAUAGAUGGUCACCACAAAUGGAAGACACUUGGUUUGCUUUUGCCAAUUGUUCUUGUGGUGGGUUUCAACAUUGUUUUUGCGAUUGCUGUCAUAAUAAUGCUUCGGCAUAACAAGAGAAAACCACAAGAAGGUGUCAUUGCUGAAGCAAGGGACUUAUUCUCUGUUUGGAAUUUUGAUGGAAGAUUGGCAUUUGACGAUAUUUUAAGAGCAACAGAAGACUUUGAUGAUAAGUACAUCACUGGAACAGGAGGAUACGGGAAAGUCUACAAGGCCCAACUCCAAGAUGGGCAGCUGAUUGCUGUGAAGAAGCUUCAUCAGACCGAAGAAGAGUUGGAUGAUGAAAGAAGAUUUCGUAGUGAAAUGGAAAUCUUAACGCAAAUCCGACAACGAAGCAUUGUCAAAAUGUAUGGAUUCUGCUCCCAUCCAGUGUAUAAAUUUCUAGUCUACGACUACAUUCAGCAGGGAAGCCUCCACGGAAUAUUAGAAAAUCAGGAGCUAGCAAAGGAAUUAGAUUGGAAGAAGAGAAUUGCUCUUGCAACUGAUGUGGCUCAAGCAAUAUCUUAUUUGCACCACGAAUGCAGUCCACCUAUAAUCCAUCGAGAUAUCACAAGCAACAACAUCUUACUUGAUACAUCCUUCAAGGCUUUUGUCUCGGAUUUCGGCACGGCAAGGGUUCUUAAGCCCGAUUCGUCAAACUGGAGUGCACUAGCAGGAACGUUUGGCUACAUAGCUCCUGAACUGUCGUACACAUCUGUUGCGACAGAGAAAUGUGAUGUCUAUAGCUUUGGGGUGGUUGUGUUAGAGCUAGUGAUGGGCAAGCAUCCAAGGAAUUUAUUAGAUGGUAGUCUUUCUAACGGCGGACAAUCAAUGAUGGUGAAAGAUAUUCUGGACCAACGGCCGACAACACCAAUAACAACAGAAGAGAAUAACUUAGCUCUGCUCAUCAAGUUGGCCUUAUCUUGUUUGGAAUCUUCUCCCCAAGCAAGGCCAACCAUGCAGGAGGCAUACCAAACACUCAUCCAGCGACCAUCUUCUAGUUCUUGUUCUGUGCCUUUCAGCGCGCUUAUAUUACAGCAAGGGAUGCAUGCUGAUAUAAGUUCUGAAUCCUAGUGAGAAACCAGGGUCUGUCAAAGCUGAGGCCGAUUCAGGUUUCCGAUUUUUUACUCAAGUCACUCAUACACCACCUAUAUACCUCUUGUAUGCCAUGCCACACAGGAUGAGUUGGCGACUCAUUGUAAGUCUAUGUAUUUGUAGACUCUCCUGAUACAACAAAGCUCACCAUUGUGUGCGUGUGGUUUUUCCCUCAAGGGUUUCCCACGUAAAAAUGUGUGUCUUGUCCUGUGUUCUUGAUAUUUCUCUGUUUGUUCGCUUGCUGAUUUUUAUUUA